AUGAAUUCUGAUUCGAGCUCUGUCUCCAGCAGAGCUUCCUCUCCGGACAUGGACGAGCUGUAUCUGAGGGACCACCACCACCGGCACCACCACCACCACCACCAGGAGAGCCGUCUCAACUCAGUCUCCUCCACGCAGGGCGACCUGGUGCAAAAGAUGCCCGGCGAGGGCCUCUCGCGGGCCGGCGCCAAGGCCGCGGGGGAGAGCAGCAAGUACAAAAUCAAGAAGCAGCUGUCGGAGCAGGACCUGCAGCAGCUGCGGCUGAAGAUCAACGGGCGGGAGCGCAAGCGGAUGCACGACCUGAACCUCGCCAUGGACGGGCUGCGCGAGGUCAUGCCCUACGCGCACGGGCCCUCGGUGCGCAAGCUCUCCAAGAUCGCCACGCUGCUGCUGGCCCGAAACUACAUCCUCAUGCUCACCAGCUCCCUGGAGGAGAUGAAGAGGCUGGUGGGGGAGAUCUACGGGGCGGGCCACCACUCGGCCUUCCACUGCGGGACCAUGGGCCACUCGGCCGGCCACCCGGCGCACGCUGCCAGCGCCGCGGCCGCCGUGCACCCGGUGCACCCCAUCCUGGGCGGCGCGCUGGCGUCGGGCGGCGCCGCCUCGUCCCCGCUGUCGGCCGCCUCGCUGCCGGCUCUCGGCGCCCUCCGGCCGCCCCACGCGCUGCUCAAGGCGCCGUCCACGCCGCCCGCGCUGCAGCUGGGCAGCGGCUUCCAGCACUGGGCCGGGCUGCCCUGCCCCUGCACCGUCUGCCAGAUGCCGCCCGCGCCGCACCUGUCCGCGCUCUCCACCGCCGGCAUGGCCCGCCUGUCGGCCGAGUCCAAGGACUUGCUCAAGUGA